ACGUGAUUGAACGACGCGGCUACCCCUGUCAUGUCAUGCCAUGAACGACCAGCACCCCCAACACCUCCCACCUUUUUGUCUAUAUCCAGUCUUGGGAUGCCGCACGCACUGACGGCAUCUUCCUCUCCAGUCCUCUCUCUGUCCGCACGCGCUCGCUGCUCCACCUCCGCCACUGUCUUUAACAUCUAUCGCGUGUCGUUUCUCUCUCCUUGCUAUAUACAUGUCACCAAGGUCCCGUUGCACGGUGAUCAACACGCUCUCUAUCGUCCGUCUUGUUUCGCUAUACUGUUAGCUGCUCAGCGACGCCAUGUCUACCACACCCGACCUCCAACGCGCUGCCUCACCAACAAUGAACUCUGACCCGGCCGACACAUCCCUCUCGCAGUCGAGCACCGUGGCCAAUGAUGAUUCUCUCCUCUCACUGGACCCAGACACGUCCAUCUCCUCGAUCGACAGCGAAGACAAGCAUCCACGCUCGCGCCGGAAGCGUACCAGUCAACGCGACAGGGCCAUUCUCGAGUCGACGUAUCGCUCCAAUUCGAAACCUGAUAAGACAGCACGGAUGGAGCUAUGUCGACAGACGGAAAUGACGGAGAAGGAGAUCCAGGUUUGGUUCCAGAACCGACGACAGAACGACAGGAGAAAGUCCAAGCCGCUCACACAAGCCGAGCUCGCGAGUCUGCAGUACAGCGGCAUCCGUCCGAUUGGCGGGGAGAACCUCGACGUCAGUCCGCUGAAAGUUGUCCAGGGUCCCUUUGCGGUCACGGACCCGGUCGUGGAUGCGGUAGCUACGCCCGACGGUGGCUCGCCGGCAGGCCAGAACGCUUUCGUGCCGCCGGCGGCGCUGCCCUCCCCCGCCGCGGACGACCAGCACACGAGCCACGUGCGGAGCUGUUCAGACGCAGCAGCGUACCCUCGUCCUAAGCUGCCACCCCAGGAGAGCUUCUCCGCAAGCUUCGGCCCCUCGAGCUCGUUACCUAACGUUGGAUACCUGGCCAACCGUAGGAGGGAAGGCGGUUCCUUCUCUGCACCCUCAUCGCAGACAUCUGGCGGGUACGAGAGCUUCUCGUUUCGAAUGGACAAUGCCAACAGCAGCCCGAACGCUCCGCAUUUGUAUAGCGGCAGCGCCUCGCAGGUCCGCCUGUCCUUCUCGUUGGACGGGAAAGCAGAGCUCAUCCCUCACGGUGCUGAGCAGCAACGCAACACUUCACAGGAGAGGUCACCUUUGCAGCCAGCUCUGCAGCGCAGCCAGAGCGCGUACACCACGCGUCCCAGCCUGCCGCCUCUGUCGUCCAUCCUCCCACAGCUCAGCGCGCCUCGCCUCCAACGCGGCCGCUCGCGCAAUGCCUCUGCGUGGGAAAGCUGUGCGACGAGCGAGACGCGCGACGAGCUCACAAAGAUGGCCGAGCACGAGUCCAUUGGCUCGGCUGCCGCGUCCAUCAGCCUGAUCAGGUCGACCAGCAGCAGUGCGCUGCAACCAAGCAACGGGAACAAGAGGAACUCGUCCCUCAAGGGGCCACUCCAGCAGGCCAAGAGGACCAAGUUGAGUCGCACAACGUCAAGCAUCGCCAAGCUCGGCGGCAGCGGCAACACGAAGCCGCCUGGCAGUACCAUGUCCGUGGUUUCCGCGAUAGACUCGGACAAGGAGAACUUGAGCCCGGAUGAGGACGGCAAUCCGCGACUCGAGCAGCACCCACGCAGACGACCCCUUCCCUCCGCCACGACCACGACCACGACCACGACGACCACGACCACCAAGAGCCGACGUGUGCUAGAAGAUGCGAAAGGCGGGGCGACAAUGCUGAAUCAUCGUGCGAGCACCGCGCCUGUGAGACGGGGCAAGCACUCGCAGGUCGUCGAGAUCUUCCAGGAUGGCGAGGAUCCAGAGGUGGAGCGGUUCAUGUCGCGCAGCAGCGUGAGCCCGAGCAAGAAGGACCAGAUGGAUGUCGUUGCGGGACUUCUGUCACUGAGCAAAGGCGCGUGGCGAUGACAAGGCGGAUAGAAACUCGUGCAUGGUGAUUUUCAAUCGAGCUAUGUUUGUCGGUUCCAUGGGGGAAGAAAAGGACUUGCCUGGGAGUUUCUGGGAAUUUUUGGUUGUGCAUAAGGCGGAUUCUUCUUUGUAUCUCCCUUACUCUAACGGCCACGACGUCGUGGGCCGGGACUGGAGAGGUUGUAUAUACCCGGCCCAAGGCGCUCUGGAAUGUGAAGCUGAAAUGUCAUGACGAACUUAUACCAAAGC